CACGCCAGGCACAUGUGCAUAAAGCUGCUGUAAUAACCUUAAAAAAAAUUCUUUUAAAACAAUUUUGUUAAUUUGUGUUGCAUAUUGUUAAUUGUUGAUUAAUAAAAACUUAGUUAAAAUGGUGCGAAAAAAGAUCGACAAUAGAAUACGUGUAUUAAUUGAAAAUGGUGUUGCUGCAGGACACAGAACAAUGUUUGUUGUUAUUGGUGAAAAAGCCAAGGAUCAGGUUACAUUACUUCAUCACAUGUUGUCGAAAACAGUGGUAAAAGCAAGACCAUCAGUAUUGUGGUGUUAUAAAAAUGAGCUAGGUUUUGGUGGUCAUAGAAAAAAGAAAAUGAAAGCUACAACAAAAAAAGUAACAAGUGGAAGACAUGAUGUUAAUGAAGAUGAUCCAUUUGAGUUGUUUGUUGUGUCAACAAAUAUUCGUUAUUGUUAUUAUAAAGAAACUCAUAAGAUACUUGGUAAUACAUAUGGAAUGUGUGUACUUCAAGAUUUUGAGGCAUUAACACCAAAUCUUCUUGCUCGUACUAUUGAAACUGUUGAAGGUGGUGGACUUAUUGUACUACUUUUACAAUCAGUAGCUUCUUUAAAACAACUUUAUACAAUGAGUAUGGAUGUCCAUCAAAGAUUUCGUACAGAAGCACAUCAAGAUGUUGCAUGCAGAUUUAAUGAACGUUUUUUAUUAUCAUUGGCACAUUGUCAACGUUGUCUUGUUGUUGAUGAUCAACUUCGUGUACUUCCAAUUUCAUCAAAAAAUCUUAAAAUUGAAUCAGUACCAAAAUUAGCAUCAACUGGUGAACAAACUGAGCUUGAUAUGUUAAAAGAUAGUUUUAAAGAUACUCAACCAGUAUCAUCACUUAUAAAUUGUUGUAAAACAAUUGAUCAAGCAAAAGCAUUACUUAAAUUUAUUGAAACAAUAUCAGAAAAAACACUUAGAACAACAGUAUCAUUAACAGCAUCACGUGGUCGUGGUAAAUCAGCAACUCUUGGUCUUUCAAUUGCAGCAGCAAUUGCAUUUGGUUAUUCAAAUAUUUAUAUAUCAAGUCCAAGUCCAGAAAAUUUACAUACAUUAUUUGAAUUUGUAUUUAAAGGUUUUGAUGCACUUGCUUAUCAAGAACAUAUGGAUUAUGGUUUAGUACAAUCAACAAAUCCAGAAUUUAAUAAAGCAACAGUACGUGUUAAUGUAUUUAGAGAUCAUCGUCAAACAAUUCAAUAUAUACAUCCAACAGAUGUACAAAAAUUAAGUCAAGCUGAAUUACUUGUUGUUGAUGAAGCAGCAGCAAUACCAUUACCAUAUGUUAAAGCAAUGCUUGGACCAUAUCUUGUAUUUUUAUCAUCAACAAUAAAUGGCUAUGAGGGUACAGGUAGAUCAUUAUCAUUAAAACUUAUACAAAAAUUACGUGAACAAACAGUACCAGAAAAUUCACAUGGUAAAAAAGAUAAAGAUAAAAAUACUCUAGGUCGUGAACUUUGUGAAUUAACAUUGGAUGAAUCAAUACGUUAUAAAACUGGUGAUAAUGUUGAAGAAUGGCUUACAAAUUUAUUGUGUCUUGAUGCAAUGACAAAUGCACCAAUAUUAUCUGGUUGUCCACCACCUGAUGCAUGUCAACUUUAUUAUAUUAAUCGUGAUACAUUAUUUUCAUAUCACAAAGCAUCUGAAUUAUUUUUACAACGUCUUGUUGCAUUAUAUGUAUCUUCACAUUAUAAAAAUAGUCCAAAUGAUUUACAAAUGAUGUCUGAUGCACCAGCUCAUCAUUUAUUUUGUUUAUUGGGUCCAGUUGAUCCAAAUAAAAAAACAUUACCAGAAAUUCUUGUUGUUAUACAAGUAUGUUUAGAAGGUGAAAUAAGUAAAGAAACAAUAUCACAAGGUUUAGGUAGAGGUAAAAAAGCUGCUGGUGAUUUAAUACCAUGGACAAUUGCACAACAAUAUCAAGAUGAUGAUUUUCCAAGAUUAGCUGGUGCAAGAAUUGUUAGAAUUGCUGUUCAUCCUGAUUAUCAAGGUAUGAAAUAUGGCUCAAAAGCACUUGAACUAUUAAAAAAAUAUUAUGAAAUGAAAAUUCCAAAUAUUAAUGAAUCAAAUGAAGAUAAUAAUAUUGAUAUAUCAAAAGUUGAAGAAGAAAAUGUUGAUUUAUUAGAAGAAACAAUUGAACCACGUUCAUCAUUACCACCAUUGUUACUUAAUUUAAAUGAAAGACGUCCAGAAAGAUUGGAUUAUAUUGGUGUAUCAUUUGGACUUACUUUGAGUUUAUUAAAAUUCUGGAAAAGAGCAAAUUUUAUUCCAGUUUAUUUAAGACAAACAACAAAUGACAUUACUGGUGAACACUCAUGUAUUAUGAUAUCAAAAAUUAAUAAUGAUGAUGAAAAUCAAGAUUACAAAUGGCUUGAAGCUUAUUGGAUUGAUUUUAGAAAAAGAUUUGUUAAUUUAUUAUCAUAUUCAUUUACUUCUUAUACACCUGCACUUGCCCUGGAACUUCUUGCUAAUAAAGCAUUUACAUUACCAAAAAAAGUAAUUUCAAAAGAUGUUUUAGAUUCUUAUUUUACAUCAUAUGACAUAAAAAGACUUGAAAUGUAUAGCAAUAAUAUGGCUGAUUAUCAUUUAAUUACUGAUUUAUUGCCAUCACUUGGUAAAAUGUAUUAUUUAAAUUUAAUGGGUGAUACUGAAUUACCAUUUAUUCAACAAGCAAUUUUACUUGGACUUGGAUUACAACAUAAAACAGUUGAAAAAUUAUCUGAAGAAUUACAAAAUAUUCCAGCAUCACAAAUUUUAAGUUUAUUCAAUAAACUUGUUAGAAAAUCAAUACAAUAUUUAAAUAGUAUCUCUGAAGAUUUUAUUGAAAAAACAAUGAUUGUAACACAUGGACAAAAUGAUAAUAUUACUGUUGAUAAUGAAAAAAGUAAAUCAUUACAAAAAGAACUUGAUGAUGCUGAAAAAGAAAUAUCAAAAAAACAAAUGGAAGACCGUAAAAAGCUAGUCAAACAAAUUGACCCAGAGGACUUAAAAAAUUAUUCAAUCAAAGCCACUGAUGAAGAAUUCAAGGAAGCUCUUAAAAGUAAGAAUACUAAUUCUUUAAUUAGAAUUAAAACUGGUGAAAAAAGAAUACAACAAAAUAAUAAUGAAAUGAAUUCGCAGGAGGAGGGAUCAAAGAAAAAAAAGAAGAAACGUUUCUCAAAGUAAAAUUAAAUAAUUUAAAAUUAUAAAAUUUCCUUCUGACAAUUAUUAUUUUUAUGUAUAAUAAAUAAAAACAAACAAAAAAA